AUGGGCGGAAUGGAGUUCAAAAAGCGCGAUAUCGCACUCUGCCUGCUCUGCAGCAUCCCGCUCCUCCCCUUCAACCUCCUCCGGACCGGUGUUAGGGCCCAGCAACGCAGGAUGAAAGAGCGCAAGCGGAGGCGACAAGAGACGAGACCGCCGAAACCAAUCAGACACAUCCCCGAUUUAGCCUUACCGCCCGAAGAAGAAUCCUAUUUGAAAGGGAUAGCUGUGUCGAGGAAAAAGAGGAGGGCGCUGCAGCAGCAGACGGAGUGCGGGCUGUUCAAGUUGCCUCCGGAGAUUCGCCGCAUGGUGUACGAGCAGUAUGUGGGUAGCGCAAUUGCCAUCGUUGAUCGGCAGUCUGCAUUGCAUCCAAGGAGAAGGAGAGUGCGCAAGUCCAGGCAUGACAAGAUGGCCAUAGGAGUGCGGGUCAAGAAAGAUAGAAAUGGACGCGAGGGCGGGAGGCCCGUGGACGUGCUAUCCCUACUGAUGAGCUGUCGGAGAAUAUACUCCGAGCUCCACCCGCUUCUUUACACAACGCCGACAUUCUCUUUCUUUUCCCCCGACACUUUCCUCCUCUUCGCCACCACCCUGUCACCCUCAUCCUUUUCCGCUCUCCGCUCUCUGCGCCUUAGUUUCACCUCGCGCUACAGCUCCGCUCUUUCCGACUCGCGCUUCGCCUCAUCAUCUUCGUCUACAUCUACAUCUACAUCUGCAUACCCAUACCCACCCGGGACUCCCGUAACGCUCCACUCGCCCAUAUCCUUCGCCUUCCUGUACCGGCCAGCUGUCAGAGUGCGCAACAACCCAUUCCCCGCCCCACCAGGCCGAUUCAUCGGUUCCGGCGCGGCGGCGAAAGUACUCUGGCCACCGGAUAUCUGGAACGUACUUUGUACCGUCUUGUCAAAGAUGUCGGGGUUAAAGAAGCUAGCCAUUAGCGUGAAGGACUCGCACUUUGAUCCGCGGAUAUGGGAAGCGAAGAAGGAGCUGUGUGUGCUGGAGCCCUUGGAGAUGGUAAUCCGGCCGACAGCGCUGCGCGUCGAGAUUCAGCAGGCUAAGUUCGAAUGGGUGGUAUGGCCCGACACCUAUAUAACGCAUCGGGCACGAUAUGAAAGAGUACUGGACGGGGGACAGGUCUGGAAAGAAACCUUUGAAGAUAUAAUAACCGAGAUCGGUCGGGGUGGACGACAAACCCGGGUAGUUGAGUGA